CAAGCAUCAACUACGGAUCAAGCUUAGCUUAGCAUCCGAUGACCCCACCACUGCUGCCAGACCGCUGCAAGUCCCUUCCUAUUUACACCACCAACACUGAUAUUCAAUUCCGUGAUCUGGAUUCUGGUUUGCUGCGCUUGACUCUCUCGCAAGCCAAGUGCAUGCCGUGCUACACUGAGCGCUGAUUGCUUCUAUGCACGCAUCAUUCGCUUGCGCUACAUAUAUUAUUCACGUUGCUCCUGCCGCCUUGUUUGACAUUGCUGCCCAGUCGCUCUGCAAGCCUCUGAGAGCAUGUGAAGUCCGAAACACCAGGGCCUUCUUUCUUUUCACUUCUCAUUCCUCUUGUUUUCUUAUCUCAUUGAGACUUGAUCUAGCUUGAGGCCCGCUGUAUCGUCGCCUUGCUGAAUGAUCUUUCUUUGGAAUAAAUCAAUCUCUUCUUACUGUCACGGUCUACCGUAGAAGUCGUGAGUGGCCGAAACAUGGCAGCCGAAAAUGAGCCCAAGUCGGAUAUCGAAGUCAAGGCUUCCGAUGAACACGUCGAGGGUGACAUAGACUUUGUCACAUUGGGCAUGUUCAUCAUUGAUGAUAUCGAAUAUCUGCAGCCUACGCCGCCGGUGAAGGAUAUUCUUGGUGGUGCUGGAACAUACUCCGCUCUCGGCGCCCGAAUUUUGUCACCCGGGCCGAAGGCCUCGUCAGUUGGGUGGAUUAUUGAUCAGGGGUCCGACUUCCCAGAAACACUGACCUCUCUCAUUGACACGUGGGAAACAUCGGCACUCUUCCGGCCUACUCCUGAUCGUUUGACCACGCGAGGUUGGAACGGAUAUGAUGAGCAAGAGCAACGAGCUUUCAAAUAUAUAACACCAAAGAAGCGGCUGACCGCAGAGGACCUGACGCCGUCCCUGCUGGCGUCGCGCUCCUUUCAUUUGAUAUGCUCACCAGCGAGAUGCCAAGAGCUGGUUAGGGAGAUUAGGGAGCGACGAAGUGGUUUGGUGACGUCUGAAGGGAAAGGGUUGCCCAAACCAAUCUUCAUUUGGGAACCUGUCCCAGACCUAUGCACGACAGACGAGCUACUCAACUGCACCAACACUCUACCUCUCGUUGAUGUAUGCAGUCCAAACCAUUCCGAGCUGGCAGGGUUCAUGGGCGACAGUGGUAUUGACCCAAAUACGGGCGAGAUCAGCACUGCGGCUGUGGAACGGUCUUGCGAGCAGCUUCUGGCAUCUAUGCCCUUACAAUCAUUCUCCAUUGUUGUACGAGCAGGAGAAAAGGGUUGCUACAUAGCACGCAAUGGAGGCAGGAAGCGGAAGAUUCAAUCAUCCGGUCAGAAGAGAAAGAAACCUGCUGCUGCAAUACAUGGAAGUCUGCAACCAGAUACAGAUAUGAUGGCGUUAUUCGCUGGACUGUUACAGGACCCAGAAGGCUCAGUAACAGAAGAGGAAAUCGAGGUCGACCCAGGAGUGGAGAAGUGGAUACCCGCCUACCAUACUGAUAAGUCCAAAGUGGUCGAUCCUACGGGAGGUGGAAACACUUUCUUAGGUGGUCUGGCGGUCGCCCUUGCGAGAGGCAAAAGUUUAGAGGAAGCUGCUGUUUGCGGCAGUGUUGCUGCCAGCUAUGCAAUAGAACAGGUUGGGCUGCCGAAGCUAGAAAAAGAAGGUGGCACAGAGACAUGGAAUGGUGUCUCUGUAGACGGUAGAGUGAAAGAGUUACAGGAGCGUUUGUUUCAGAACUAGAGGUUUUGCUUACAUCUUAUGCGAUUCAAAACGCAGACAGAUCGAAACACAAAACACUGAAGAACUGCAAUUUAUGACACCUUUCAUGUGUAUGGAGGACAUGUUACAAGCGCUAUAUAUAUCCACGGUGGAAGGUAUGGAUGAUAGCCGACUUAGAACUCACUUAC